AUGUCUUGCUCAGAUCCCAUAGCAGAAUACGGCUUCUCCGCCGUCGAAGCAUCAGCAACAAAGCUCCUAUCCUCGUCUGCUCCUUCGCAUCCCGCCGCAUUCAUCCCCCUUUCCGAAACACCUAUCCCUGACACGCCCCUGGCGGCACGCAUCAACACCUACGCCAAAUCCAAGCUGCCGGAACCAACAUACAAUCAUUCCCUGCGUGUAUAUCACUUCGGCUUGGCCAUAAAGAGAUAUCGCUUUCCAGAAUGGAAGUUUACAGAUGAAACAUAUUUCCUGGCCUGUCUUCUGCACGACAUCGGCACGACGGAUGAGAAUCUGAACGGGACGAAGAUGAGCUUUGAAUUCUAUGGCGGGUUUCUGGCGUUGGAUGUUUUGCAAACGGAUGGAGAUGGAGAGGCGGUGGCGUCUAGGGAUCAAGCGGAAAGCGUGGCGGAAGCGAUUAUUAGGCAUCAAGAUCUAUGUGAGGUUGGGACCAUCACUGCUGUGGGACAGUUGCUGCAGUUGGCCACUAUUUUUGAUAACACGGGUGCAUAUCCAGACCUGGUGCACCGAUCUACUAUCGAAGAUGUAUCCAAGCGAUUUCCGCGUCUUGCCUGGAGCCAGUGCUUCGCAUCAACCAUUCGGCGGGAAAACGAUCGAAAACCCUGGGCGCAUACCACAGCUUUGGGCGUGGAGGAGUUUCCUUCCAAGGUACUGGGGAACAAACUCAUGGCACCUUAUGAAUAG